UAGUACAUCCUCUUCUGAAGUGUUUUGGAAAUAAGACAGAUAGAUGAGUAAAUGGGACAGAGUAACAAUGUCACAGAAUUUAUCCUGCUGGGCCUCACUCAGGAUCCUACUGGGCAAAAAGCAUUGUUUGUUAUGUUUUUGCUCAUGUACAUUGUGACAAUUGUGGGCAACCUGCUCAUUGUGAUGACAAUUAUUGCCAGCUCCUCUUUAGCCUCUCCAAUGUACUUCUUUCUUGCCUUUCUGUCACUAAUGGAUGCUGUGUAUUCCACUGCCAUCUUGCCCAAGUUGCUUAAAGACUUAGUUUGUGAAAAAAAGACCAUCUCCUUCACAGCUUGCUUAGUUCAGCUUUUUGUGGAGCACUUAUUUGGUGGUGCUGAGGUCUUCCUUUUGGUGGUGAUGGCCUAUGAUCGCUAUGUGGCCAUCUGUAAGCCACUGCACUACUUGACCAUCAUGAAUCAGCAGGUUUGUAUCUCACUCCUGGUGGUAGCCUGGGUUGGAGGUUUUGCACAUGCUCUAGUUCAAGUUCUCUCUGUAUAUAAACUUCCGUUUUGUGGACCCAACGUCAUUGACCACUUCGGCUGUGAUAUGUACCCAUUAUUGGCACUUGUAUGCACUGAUACUUAUUUUAUUGGACUCACUGUUGUCGCCAAUAAUGGAGCCAUGUGUAUGGUGGUCUUUAUUCUUCUCCUAUUCUCCUAUGGAAUUAUCUUAAGCUCCCUUAAGACUCAUAGUCAGGAAGGUAGACGCAAAGCCCUGUCCACCUGCAGCUCCCACAUUAUGGUAGUUGUUCUUUUCUUUGUUCCCUGCAUUUUCAUGUAUGUUAGACCUGUCUCCAACUUUCCUAUUGACAAAUCUAUUUCUGUUUUUUAUACAGCUAUCACUCCCAUGUUGAAUCCUUUAAUAUACACAUUGAGAAAUUCAGAAAUUAAAAAUUCUAUGGGAAAGCUCUGGUAUAAAAUGUCAAGUAUAGACAGAGUCAGAAUUUUUCCCUGCUGAAUGUGUUAUUUAUUGGAAAGUAACAAUAAUUAGUUUUAGUAGUAUAUGUUCCA